CUCACAAAAAAGGAAUCGGAGAUACAACGAAUGGAGCAGCAACAGAAACAGAAGAUUUCUGGAGUUCUGGAACAGUCACACAACCUUCAGUCCAAGAUCACAUCCCAGUUUGCUGAACAGCACAAGAUUCUCAUUGAGAAAGAGCAGCGCGCACUGGCAGAUAUCCGAGAGGAAGAGAAGCAGAUUCUAAAUACAAUGGAGAAAAAUCUUGGAGAGAUUCAGGAGAAUUUAAAUUCCAUUCAGGAGGAACUCUUAAAGUUGCAGCAACAGAUGGAUCAAAAAGACAGUGUGGUGUUUCUGAAGGAGGAAGCUGGUCGCAAGCAAAGGUAGGACAUGCUCUUGAUGGAAACAUUGUAAGUUUUUGU